UAUUUCGAAUUCAAGGUUGACGGCAUUGUAUUGUGCAGGGAAGCGUGGUGUCGAGUUUAUGGUAUUAAUAAAAACGCAUACUACCGGGAGUUAAAGGAUUUCAAGCUGGGGCUGGAGUGGGACGGACUAAGGCGGGGAAGGUCUUUAUCCAUUCAAUGCGUAAGCGCCUCCGUCUGGUUUGGGUAUUAUGUAGCAAGUCAUGGGGACAAAAUGCCACACAAGAAUGAAAUAUGGCUUCCGUACAACACCCGAAAAGUUGACAUCUACAACAAAUACGCAGAAGAAUGCGAGGAGCGCUCACAGAAGUUCUGUUGUGAGGAGUCUUUCCGGAAUAUGUGGAAGUACUUCUACCCCCACGUUUCAAUAAAAACGUGUAGUCUCUUCACAAAGUGUACCAUCUGUGUGCGCCUGGGACGGAACCUGGCUAAAACAAGGGACCCUGUCAAGAGGAGGGAGAUCAAGUUGAAGAGACAGGAGCACGAUGCCAGGCAAAUGGCUGAGCGACUGGCCUACUAUCAGAGACGGGAAGCGGCAAGGAAAGAGCCUGAAAAGUACCUCAGCCUUAUAGUCGAUGGAAUGGAUCAGGCCAAGACGUACUUGCCGCAUUUCGUUGGAGACAAGUCAAAGGACCUAACUACCGCCGACCAGAUGAAGGUCCAUGUCUCUGGAGUCAUAAGCCACGGUCACGGACUACGAACCACGUAUGUGGAUUUCUUCGAGUACCCCCAUGACUCGAACCUGACGCUGAAUCUGCUGUUAAAGCUUCUGGGAAAACUGAGAAAACCUUUGCCUCCUAUCCUCUAUAUCCAAGCGGAUAACUGCUACAGGGAAAACAAGAACAAGUUUAUGCUUGCGUUCCUAGAUAUGCUGGUUCACAUGAAGAUAUUUCGCGAGAUCAGAUGUUCAGCCGUGUGGCCGACAAACUACGUCAUCAAGAGGCCCACACCCCUGAACAACUAA